GCGGUGUGCGAGAGUUGGAGGAAGAGCCGCUCUGACAGCUCGACAAGUCACUCGUUUCGAGGCCGAUGUGCUGAAGUUUUUUUCCGUGUGUGAGUUAGGGAAAGAGGACGAAACGUCUACGUUUCCACCGGCGUGCGGCUCAGAUAACUGGAUUUGAUCGAGCUAUGUUUUGCUAAUCGAGAGCGCUCGUUGCUGCACAACACAAAAACAAACGCCUAAUUUUCGCUCCAUUUAGGGACGGAAAGCUUUGUUUUUACCGCGUCCUGUUUAUUUUAGCAGCUCGUAUCGCAUGUUAAUGGUGAUUAAAUUAUUGAUACCACGAUGGCAGUGAAGGCUCAGGUAUUAUAUGACUUCGCUGCUGAGCCUGGCAACAAUGAGCUGUCUGUUCAAGAAGGAGAAAUACUCACGGUCACUAACCAGAAUGUAGGCGGUGGCUGGGUAGAGGCUCGGAAUUCCAGAGGAAAUGUAGGCCUGGUGCCUGUGGACUAUAUUGAGAUCAACCCUGGUUCCACGCAAGCAUCGGCGACACAGCAUAUCGAUGCUCAGCCUCACGGUUACAGCAGCAGUUCAGCAAACACUCAGGGGGUUAACGGGAAUGAGGCUUGGACUGCCACGACAUGGUCCAACAACAACCCUGCGGACAACUGGAACUAUGCUGAACAGGAACCAGCAGGAAAUAACGGUUCUGUGUAUUCCUUUGAUGAGGAAUGGGACGACGAUUCCGAUGAUGGAAAGUCAACAGUCAGUUAUGGAGGUUCACAGAUGGAAGAGGGCGGAACCAUGCAGCGGGGCGGGGCUCACUCUACUAUGAAAAUAUCCCUCAACAAGUUUCCAGGGUUUUCUAAGACCCCAAAUCCAGAGGUGUAUCUGCUCACCAAGAACACAGUUAAAGGAAAUGACAAACUGUCCAUUUAUGCGGGCGAGGUGGGUCCAGUGUGGUUGUAUCCACAAACUCAGUUAGACUGUGUAGUGGCUGAUCCCAAAAAGGGGUCAAAAAUGUACGGCCUGAAGAGCUACAUCGAAUACCAGAUCACACCUAAUACUACAAACAGACCUGUCAAUCACAGAUACAAACACUUUGACUGGUUAUAUGAGAGGCUUGUGGAGAAGUUUGCCUGUGCUCUGCCAAUCCCAUGUCUACCUGACAAACAAGUUACAGGCCGAUUUGAAGAGGAAUUUAUCAAAAUGCGCAUGGAACGCCUGCAGGGCUGGAUGUCCCGCAUGUGCCGGCAUCCGGUGAUCUCAAACAGUGAAGUUUUCCAGCUCUUCCUUAACUACAGAGAUGAGAAGGAGUGGAAACUAGGGAAGCGGAAAGCAGAGAAAGAUGAAACGGUGGGAGUGAAAAUCUUCUCCACCAUAGAUCCAGAGCUCCCAGAGAUGGAUCCUGCUCAAGUAGAGCAGAAGUAUGAACUGUACAGCCAGUUUACUAGAUCUAUGGACAACAGUGUUAAAGAACUACUGGCUGUUGGGCAUCUUCACUGGAAGAGAUGUACAGGCCCUUUACAAAAGGAGUAUCGGCAGAUCGGAAAAGCCUUUCAGAACCUAUCGUCGGUUUUCAACACUAGUGCAUACCCAAGGGAAUCAACUCUGACGGAAGCAUUGACUGCGACAGGAAAAACGUAUGAGGACAUAGCAGAACUCGUUGCAGGACAGCCAAAAAAAGAUCUACACUUCCUAUUGGAGACAAACAACGAAUACAAGGGACUACUGGGCUGCUUCCCUGACACAAUAGCAGUUCAUAAGGCUGCCAUUGACAAAGUAAAAGAAGCUGAUCAUCUGGUGACGAUGAAUAAGAUUAGCCAACAAGACAAACACAUCAUGGAAAAGAACCUCAGCACCAUGUCUUAUGCAUUGCAAGCGGAGAUGAACCACUUCCAUAGCAACCGUAUCUAUGACUACAACAGACUCAUGCAGUUCUACCUGGAGGAACAGGUGAAAUUCUAUGAAACGAUUGCUGAAAAGCUGAAGAAAGCGCUUGGUCAGUAUACCACCAUAUGAGGGCUCGCUCUAAACUGUGGAACAUCAAAAAAGGAUGCUGCUUUUGCUUUUGCUUUUUUUUUUUUUUUUUUUUUUUUUUAUGCUAAUUUACAAUUAACCGUCUUGUUUCCACAAAAUUCUGUAUUGUUGCAUUGCAUCAUAUAUAAAAUAUAGGUUAUAAGGGAACAAUGUUAGACGUGCGGAUCAUCAUUCACCAAAUAUUUUGUUCACAAAAACAACAAAUCUUAACUGUUACGCUAAGCUAAUGUAACACUCCCCGAUGUUGAAAGAACUGUUCGUGUUAAAAUGAAAAUUUGUUAAGAAUUUGCUUGCUCUCAUGCCAUCCAAGAUUAGAGAGAGUUUGGAACCGAGUUGGAGAAAUUUAGCUUUACUUUAUAUCACUUUUACUUUUAAAAGAUGGAGUGGAUUAUUGUUUUUAACCAGUUGUUUGGACUCUUAUUCUGACGGCACCCAUUCACUGCAGUAAACAAGUGAUACAAGGCUAAAUUUCUCCAAAUCUGUUUCAAUAAAGAAACAAACCUGACGGUGAGUAAAUUUAAAGCAAAUUUCCAAUUAUGAGUGAACUAUUCAUUUUAAUUCUCUCUGUGUAAAUCGAGGUCUCUCAGGGACGAGUUUACUUAGACUGGGCCUUCUAAACCAAGUUUUGGUUUAUUAACGUCUUAAACUGCCUGACAUGUUUUUAUUUUCUCGUAGUACAGUAUGUGAAAUUAAAUAUGUCAGAUAUUUAGAAGCGGUAUGUAUUGAAUAAAAGCAAAAAGGACAUUGUUCUAUGCAAUACAAAGCCGAAAAUGCCUCUUCUCCACACUUUGUGUAUAAAAUGUGUUUUUAACUAGUCCUCCAGUGUGUAAUAAAUCUGUCUUUAUAACUUUU